GAGAGAGAGAGAGAGAGAGAGAGAGAGAGAGAGAGGGAUUGAUUUGGGCGAUGCGAUGGGAGAGGUGGAGGAAGUAACGGUGAGCCCAAAAACCCCUGCAAAGAGCCCACUCGGUUCUCGUUUUAUGGCGACUCCUCUAGCCAGCCCCAGGAUGAAGAAGGCCAUUGCAAGCAUGAGAGGCUACUUAGAAGAAGUUGGUCACUUGACAAAACUUGAUCCUCAGGACGCCUGGCUUCCCAUCACCGAGUCCAGAAAUGGUAAUGCCUUUUACUCCGCUUUUCACACGCUCAGUUCGGGCAUCGGAAUUCCAUCCCUCCUUCUUCCCCUCUCUUUCACCGGUCUUGGUUGGGCAUGGGGAAUUAUAUGUCUCUCACUGGCUUUCAUGUGGCAGCUCUAUACUCUGUGGUUACUCAUACAGCUGCAUGAAUCUGAGUCUGGAACGCGAUACAGCAGAUACCUUCGCCUUUCCAUGGCUGCUUUUGGUGAGAAACUGGGGAAAUUUCUUGCGCUGUUUCCAAUCAUGUACCUCUCAGGCGGCACGUGCGUAACCCUGAUCAUGAUCGGCGGUGGGACCAUGAAAAUAUUUUAUGAAAUCGUGUGCGGUGAUAUCGGCGUUGUGAAUCCACUGUCGACGACAGAGUGGUACUUGGUGUUCACCGGCUCAGCCAUCCUUGUUGCUCAGCUUCCUAACCUCAACUCCAUCGCUGGAAUUUCCCUCAUUGGGGCUCUCACCGCCGUGAGCUACUGCACGCUCAUCUGGGUGGUUUCCAUAACCAAACAUAGGCCACUGCCUGCUGUUUCCUAUCAGCCGCCGGAACCAAAACCUGAUGCUGCAGCAGCAGCCACCGUUUUCAAUGUUCUAAAUGCGCUUGGGAUAAUUACCUUCGCUUUCAGAGGCCACAAUCUUGUGCUCGAAAUACAGGGAACCAUGCCUUCGAGCACCAAGAGCCCCUCGCGUUUGCCAAUGUGGAAUGGGGUGAAGUUCGCAUAUCUCAUCAUCGCACUGUGUUUGUUUCCCCUAGCAAUUGCCGGCUACUGGGCUUAUGGAAAUUCGAUACCUUCAAAUGGAGGGAUGCUAAAUGCUUUGUACAAAUUCCACAGUCAGGACACAUCAAGGUUUGUCCUGGGAUUGACAAGCAUGCUCGUUGUGGUGAACAGCCUGAGCUCGUUUCAAAUAUAUGCAAUGCCAGUCUUUGACAAUCUGGAACUCAGAUUUACUAGCUGCAUGAACAAACCUUGUCCAUGGUGGCUCCGCUCUGGCUUUAGGAUCUUUUUCGGCUGCUUUGCCUUUUUUAUAGCGGUCGCACUACCAUUCUUGCCCAGCUUGGCAGGAUUGCUUGGAGGAAUUGCCGUACCAAUCACCUUGGCAUAUCCAUGCUUCAUGUGGAUAUUGAUCAAGAAACCUUGUAAAUACAGCGCAAUCUUUCACUGGCUACUCGGAUCCUUGGGGAUUGUCCUUAGCAUUUCAAUUGUCACUGGAGCAAUUUGGAAUAUAGUGACCAUAGGAAUACAAGUCCACUUCUUCAAGCCUGAAUAAGCAACUGCAGCAACAAGGGCACCACAAAGUCUAGAAAUGAUAUGCUUAUCAACCAAAUUCUAUCAAUCGGACCUCCUUCACUUGGUCCUGGUGAUAUUACCAUUACCUUGUAAAGAAACAGACCCAACGCUGAAUUUAGAGAAGGAAAGCAACAACUUCAACAACUGUUUGGAUAUCUAAAAUAAUUGUACUUCAUGCUGCAUAUCCACGCAGCAAUAAAAACACUUUAAGCAUGCA